AAUGCCCAUGUAAUGUAAAGAUUCGCUUCCCCAAAUCCCUCUUUUCCCAUUCUUUCGAGGUCCCAGCACCACUUUCCCGCCAAACCCAGCUCCUUAUAUCACCAUACCCUCCAUAAAACCUCUCUCUCUUUCUUCAAAAAGGCAUCCAAAUUACUCCCUACACUCGUGCGCAUACUCUAUAGAGAGAGAGAGAGAGAGAGAUGAAGGGAACGUCGAAGGUCAUUAUGGGAGCAACGCUGGUGAUGGCAGGCAGCCUCGCCAUCGUCCUGGGCCUCGUCCUGGUUCUCCUGGCCGAGCUCUACUGCUCCCUUCUGCUUCGCCGGCGCAGGCUCCAGAAGACCGCCGCCACCUCGGACGCCCCGGUCUCCGCCCCUCCCGCCGCUAGCCCCUUUGCCGACCCUCCGCUGCGCACUUUCUCUCGGCAGCUUCUACGCGCAGGGCGUCCUCGAUGCCCCCGCAGCCUCCUGUUCCCCGCGGUUUCCCACGACGACGGCCAAACGGAGCUGAAGACGAAGCUGAGCCCCCGCCAAAUCGGUCUCGCCGCCGCCGCCGCCGCUUCUUCCCCGAAUUUCGCCUCCGUCGGCGUGACGCAGCACGUUCAGAACUUUCCCGUGCGGGGGAGUUGUAACUACGGGAAUGCGCUCGAACAUUUGGUUUACAUAUCGAACCCCAUCUACGACGACGACGGGAACCGCCCGAAUCGGCUAGCGAGCACUCCGUUCGAGACUCCGGACUCGUCGCCAUCGAGGUUAGAGGCCGGGGCUUCUUCCAGCGGCGACGACGACGACGACGGGAACGACAUUGAAGCGGCGGCCGAACCAUCGUCCAGACAAAGUCCCGUCACCCCGCCAUUGACCCCGAUGAAGAAACUCCCCGCUCAGGCCUGCUCUGUUCCAUUGAGAGAUGCAGGGUCUCUGUGCACAUCGGGGAGCGAAUCUCAUUCCCGAAGCAUCAAUGGCCUCUCGUUCUCAUCCGCCGGAACCCCAUCUACUUCUCCUUCGUGGUAGUCUAGUUUCAGUUUAGUUUAGGUCACUACAUUUUCACUACAUUUUCUGCAAACAAAACAUGUAGAAAUCCGCAAGAAAAUCUGCUCUGUUCUCGAACCUUCUGGAGUUGGGUGCCAUGUGCAUUAGCAAAGUGAUGGUCAAUGGAGGGUGGGUUUUCGCUACUUUCUUUCUUUUGCAGGCAUGAUGCACAUUGGGCUCGCCCACCUAAGCCACGCCUGUACUGACUGAAACUGCUCUGUUUUCUUUCCCUUGUUGCGAUUGUUUCCUCCUUUUCUUUUUCUUUCGUGGAUAUCUCCUCCAUGAA